GUCAUUGAAGUAGACUUGUAUUGCAGAUGAUUACAUGCUAUAGAUCGAGUAUGGUGCUCUACGUCGAGGGUGUACGCGCUUUGAACCCAUGUUCGCGCAUGUGAGUAUGCAGGCGGAGUUGGAGAUGCUGGGCGUGUCGUUCGCGCCUGAGUUGGGUGGUUAUGGACUCAUCAUGAUCGUAAGAGCAGGUAACAAAAAUACUUUCGUCCGUAUGGACACGCCCUUCGAGCUUGCUUUACGCACCUACACCCUCCCAGAACUUCUAUAAGGAUACCCAGACAUACAAGGGAUACUUGUUAGUCGUACAUCGACAGAGAUAGGCCUUGAGGUAUGAAGUGAGCAGGAUGAUGAUGGCAGGAGGGA